CCAGCACCAUGCUGUCCCGGGCAGCGCUCCUGCUCCUCGCCCUGCUCCUCGCCGCCCCGCCGGGGCUGGGGCAGGGCCCGGGGCGGCGGCGGCGGCCGCCCCCUCCCCAGAGCCUGCUGGAGAAGGUAGCGGCCUCGGCGGAGCUCAGGCUGCCCGAGCUCGCAGGGAGGUGGUUCCUGGUUGGCAUGGCUUCCCGCUGCAGCUUCCUGGCCGAGCACAGCCACCGGCUGGAGGCCACGGCAGUGACGGUGACCACUGGUGACGGGCAGAGCCUGGACAUCAGCACUUUCAGGAAGCUGGAUGGGAUGUGCUGGGAGAUCAGGCAGCGCUACCUCCCUGCCCAGGCGCAUGGACGCUUCAUCCUGAAGGGCCGUGGCCAUGGCAGCAAGGUGGACAUGGUGGUGGGGGAGACAGACCACAGCAGCUAUGCCAUCCUCUAUUACCAGAAGGGCCGGAGCAUCUCGGUGAAACUCUACGGGCGGAGCAGCCAGGUCAGCGAUGCCGUCAUAGACAAGUUUGAGCAGCGUUUGAGGGCUGUGGGCCUGAGCGAAGAUGUGACCUACUACUUCCCUGUGUACGGGUUCUGUGACUCCACAGAUGAAUUUCACAUCCUCGAUGAAAUGAAGCUGUAGGUGAGGAUGGUGUUGCCAGGAGGUCCCCAGUGCUCAGUCUUUACCUCUUCCAGCUGCCCAUGGACACGCAGGACUGAGCUCGGGCUUAGGUCAGACCCUGCUGCUGCUCCAACAGCCCUGGAGCCAAUCCUGGGGUUCCCCAUGUCCUCCAGUGGCAUUGACAGCCACGCGGGUCCUUGUCCUGCCCCCCCCCCCCCCAGCUUUGUGUCACUCUGUGCUCUGCACCCUUGUGCCUGCAGCAGCAAUGACACCCCAAUAAACGCCUCUGAGAAGA